CCACGCGUGGGCGGGCGGGCUGUGAGCUGAACCAGAGCUUCGACAAAUGUUUUCUUUCUCCGAGUCUCGCCUCUGUGGCAGAGAACUGUAGAAAAAAGAACCUGGAACCAUUUAAACUUAUUUUGGGUCCAUUUUUCUUCUUAGUUCGGCGACGGCGGCGCUCGUGCAGAGAGCGCGAAGCUCCAGAGAGGGUGGGAGUGUGUUUGACAGAGGGGGGAGAGAGAGAGGGGGAGAGCGAGAGAGAGAGAGGUUUAUAUGUGUGUGCGUCUUGGCGUUAAUUGUGACGGAAUCCCCCCUUCGGUCUCCAAGAAUCCGAGUGAGGAGGAGGAGGAGGAGGAGGUGGAGGUGGUGGAGGAGGCGGCGGCAGCGGCAGCGCGGACUUGUCCACCAGCACUCACUGCGGAACGCGCGGGGCUGCCGCUGGAGAUUCCAAAAAACAAGGCUUGUUUUCGGAUACAAUGAAUUAAAAGCGUUGUUUUUUUCAGUUCCCGCUUCACCGCUGCUCCGUCAUCAGUCUCCAACCGUUCCAGGGACGGAGACCGACGUCUCUUCACAGGAAUACCGUGAGGGGAGAAGUGUCGCCGGGGGAGGAAGGAGGUCUUCUGAGGCAGACAGGUGGAUUUAUCUGUGUGGUGGUGUUUGGGAGAGUGGGGAACACUGAAUGGAGGAGAAACUGAUGGAUUAAUCUGACGGGGGAGAGUCGUCUGUGACUCCCACUCCUGCCGAAUGGAGUAACAGGCUGCAAUGUCAUCUCUACCUGGCCGCCUGGAGAGAUGUGUCACGGGAGUGGGAUCAAGUUUCAACACUUUUCCUCUGGGUUCACUGACGCAGUGAGAAGGAACCAAAAUGCCAGUAAACGGUGUGGUCACGGUGGAAGCCGCGUGCACGCGCCUUGGCUCCACGGCACCAACAACACGCCACGUUCAUCUGACGGACUCCGAAGAAGGAGGAGAAAAAGCCCCGCGACCGCAAAACCGCAGCAGCCACGCUUUGUGACACCGAAGGGGAUGAUGGGAGGACUGGGCUGGACGUUCCUUCUACUCUUACAUACCAUGCUGCCUGUGGCGUCCCAGAAGCCUCCGGGGCUCAACGUGGGCGUCAUCAUGGGCCAAACACGCUUUGUUUCCGAUCAGGAGCUGAGGCCACCCCGACGCCCCGACGACGCCCUGGACAUCUCUGUGGUGGCGCUGAGGAUUAACCAGACUGACCCCAAGUCUGUGAUCACACAGGUGUGUGAGCUCCUGUCGCGCACUCGUCUCCACGGCAUCGUGUUCGCCGACGGCACUGACCAGGAGGCCAUUUCCCAAAUCCUGGACUUCCUGUCUGUUCAGACACAGCUUCCAAUUAUUGGAGUCCACGGAGGCUCCUCUAUGAUAAUGGCUGACAAGGAUGAAAAGUCCACGUUCUUCCAGUUCGGUGCGGCUCUGCAGCAGGAGGCGCUGCUCAUGCUGGCCAUCAUGGAGGAGUACGACUGGCACGUGUUCUCCAUCGUCACGUCAAAGUUCCCGGGUUACCAGGACUUCAUCGGCACGCUGAGGGUAACCAUGGAUCACAGCUUCGUCCGCUGGGACAUGCAGAGCGUGGUGACUCUGGACGCCGUGGACGGUGACCCCAACUCCAAAUCACACAUCGCCCUGAAGAGGAUACAGAGUCCUGUGAUCCUGCUGUACUGCUCCAAGGACGAAGCUCUGUACAUCCUGGAUGAAGCCCGCUCCUUGGGCCUGAUAGGAGCUGGUUACAUCUGGAUCGUGUCCAGCCUGACCACUGGAAACCCUGACUUCACCUCUCAGAUCUUUCCCCUGGGAAUGAUUUCCGUGUCCUAUGACGACUGGGAAUACCCGCUGGACACGAGGGUACGAGACGGCGUGAGCAUCGUCUCCUCCGCCGCCACAUCCAUGCUGCGAGAGAAGGGCGAGCUGCCGGAGGCCCAGAGCAGCUGUUACAGCACGCCGUCGGACCGGAGCCCGGGCAAGCUCCCGCCAAGUGCCCUGCGCAGACACAUGAUGCACGUUUGGAACGAGGGUCGCGACCUGUCCUUCACUCCCGACGGUUACCAGGCCAACCCCAAACUGGUCGUCAUUGUCCUGAACAGUGAAAGGAAGUGGGAGAAGAUGGGCCGCUGGGAAAACGGCACGCUGUCGCUCAUGUUCCCCGUGUGGCCGCGGUAUAACUCGCACGGAGACGAGGACGCCGACGAAAACCACCUCUCCAUCGUCACCCUGGAGGAGAAGCCGUUCGUCAUCGUGGACAACGUGGACAUCCUCACCGGCACCUGCAUGAGGAACUCAGUGCCCUGUCGCAAACACGUCAAAGAUAACACCACCUCUGGAGGCUCCUACAUCAAGCAGUGCUGUAAAGGCUUCUGCAUUGAUAUUCUGAAGAAGAUUGCCAGGAAUGUCAAGUUCACCUACGACCUCUACCUGGUUACCAACGGAAAACACGGCAAGAAGAUCAACAACGUCUGGAACGGCAUGGUCGGAGAGGUGGUGUACAAGAAGGCCAUCAUGGCAGUCGGCUCACUGACCAUCAACGAGGAGAGGUCAGAGGUCAUCGACUUCUCUGUGCCCUUUGUGGAGACGGGCAUCAGCGUCAUGGUGUCUCGGAGCAAUGGCACCGUCUCCCCCNCUCCCCCUUCCUCCCCCCUUCCAUUCAGUGCAUCAGUUUGGGUGAUGAUGUUUGUGAUGCUGCUCAUCGUCACCGCCAUCGCCGUCUUCCUCUUUGAGUUUGUCAGUCCACUGGGCUUCAACCGCAACUUGGCCCAAGGCAAAGACCCCCACGGUCCGUCGUUCACCAUCGGUAAGGCCAUCUGGCUGCUGUGGGGGCUGGUCUUUAACAACUCGGUCCCGGUCCAGAACCCAAAGGGAACCACCAGUAAGUUCAUCGUGUCGGUCUGGGCCUUCUUCGCCGUCAUCUUCCUCGCCUCCUACACCGCCAACCUGGCCGCCUUCAUGAUCCAGGAGGAGUUUGUGGACCAGGUCACAGGACUGUCUGACAAGAAGGUGGGGUUGACACACACACACACACACACACAAUCACACACACACACACACACUCACUCUCUCAAACUGAGUUGUUCUUGUCCCAUCGGGCGGGGGCCCGGGACGCCCGGGAAGCUGGAUGCGUUCAUCUACGACGCGGCGGUGUUGAACUACAUGGCCGGCAGAGACGACGGCUGUAAACUGGUGACCAUCGGCAGCGGCUACAUCUUCGCCACCACAGGAUACGGCAUCGCCCUGCAGAAAGGAUCCUACUGGAAACGCCUGGUGGACCUGGCCAUCCUGAGCAUCAUAGGAGACGGUGAGAUGGAGGAGCUGGAGGCUCAGUGGCUGACCGGCAUCUGUCACAAUGAGAAGAACGAGGUGAUGUCCAGCCAGCUGGACGUGGACAACAUGGCGGGGGUCUUUUACAUGCUGGCCACGGCCAUGGGCCUCUCCAUCCUCACCUUCAUCUCCGAGCACCUGUUCUACUGGAGGCUGAGAUACUGCUUCACCGGAGUCUGCUCCGGACGACCGGGGAUGUUGUUCACCAUCAGCAGGGGCAUCUGGAGCUGUAUCCAUGGUGUCCACAUCGACAUGAAGAAGAAAAACCCUGAGCUGGACUUCAGUCCUCAGGCCAACAUGCUGCACCUGCUCAAGUCUGCCAAGUCCAUCGCCAUGUCGUCUCCCAAACGCAACACGGUCCUGUUACAGCCCAGCAUCCUGGACCUGAUGUGUAUCUCUGCCUGUCUCUGUCUCCUAGGUAACUCCCUCCACAGUCUGCCUCCAAAGGGUCCCGGUCUCUAUAGCAACGCCGCUGGUCCACAGGGUUUCCCGUCAUUGUCCGGGCGACAGAAGAACCUUCUCAACAACGCUGCACCUUUUCCUGGUCAACAAAAACCUGCCCCUCACCAGAGCAGCCCCAACAAACCGCAGCUGUCCAUCACCAACGACGACGGACAGAACCGCCUGGCCGGACUGGCCGCGCCGGCCGGCCCCGCCUCCAAGCCCAGAGCCCUGUGGAAGAAGAGUGUGGAGACCCUGAAGACCCAGCCCUCCGUGGCCUCUCCUACACCUGGGUCCAACCCUGCACCGACGCCCGCGGCUGCUCCUCCGCCCAUGAAGAGUCAGCGCUACCUGCCCGAGGACGGAGCGCACUCCGACAUCUCCGAGUGCUCCAGCCGGCCGCAGUCGCACAAAGACACCGACUCUGUUGCCACGCGGGGGGGGAUCAAGAGCAUCAAUCAGCUGCAGCGGAGGAAGGGGGGGGGAGGGUCUGGAAGUGGGGGUGGGGGCUCCAAGAUCUAUUCCAUUGACUCCGACCAAGGCAGUCUCCAGUCGGCCCCCAACUACCAACGGGACAGCCAGGGGGGGGGCAGUGAUGACCACAGUUACCCCCCAGACCUGUUUCCACCCGAGAGCACAUACACCCUGUCUCCAACCCAGCCCCACCCCCACCAGACGGACGCCCCCAUCCUGCAGCUCAGCGCCACCUUGCUGCACCACAGCCACAGUGCAGAGGCCGACCUGCACUCCCUGAAGGACAAGAAGUACAGCACCUACACCCACAGCAGUUCCAAGGACAAGUCUGGAAGUUCGUUUGAUGGCCCAGGGUCAGCUCAGGGGUCACAGGGCUUCAGGCCGGGUCACUGCCGCUCCUGUCUGACCAAGCUGACCGGUCACUCCGGCCUCUACACCGUCCGAGCGCCGCAGACCCGCUGUGACGCCUGUGCCCACAUCGGAAACCUGUACGACAUCAGCGAAGACCACCUCCAUUCACACUACGCCCACCCUCACCCUCACGGCGCGGACAUGUUCACACACUAUCACCCCCAGAGCGAGCUGGGCCUGGUGGGGGAGGGGGACGGGCUGGUCAACCCCUUUGAACCCUCUCCUCCCCCUCCAUCAGCCAUGCCCACCUCCUCCUCCGCCCCCCACCUCCAGCUCAGUCGUCAGCCCUCCUACGAGAACAUGCUUCCAGACGGCACUCCGGAGCGACAGGCGGCGCCGCACGCCCACCUGCGGGGGCUGAGCCUCCCCGACAGAGAUAGAGAGAGGGAAAUGACCCUGGACGAGGGGGCCUACGCCAACGUCCUCACGAUGCGCUCCGACCGUCCUUUCAGCAGCCGCAGCCCCCCGUCUCCGUCGCCCUCCCACCACCACAGUCUGGACACGCCCGUACCUCUGCCCCGGCGCUCCAAGAGCCUGUUUCCCGAUAGGCCCGCCCAGAAUCCUUUCCUCCAAUCAGCUCCUGGCACGACGCACCGAGACCCCUCCCCCCAGGCUGUGACUCGGCUGCCGCAGAGGAGUUCCGCCCACGAGCUCUACCAGCAGCGGAUGCCGACGGCCCUCACUCUGGGUAACCACGGCGGCCAUCACGCCAACCAGCACGGCGGCCAUGUUGAACAGCAGGUGUUCUACCCUCAGCAGGAGCCCCCCCUGGUGGCGUACAUGGUUCCACCUGCUGCUUCUCAGCCCAUGAGCUACGUGACGGCGCCACGAGUCUCCAGCGCGGGCGGGAACCGUCCCCGCCUGUACCGCCGCAUGCCCAGCAUCGAGUCUGACGUCUGAGAGUCACGCUCUGUAACACACACACACACACAUGUAAGCAUGAGGUGUGUGUGCUCAGGCCCGGCAGCUCUGACACACACACACGCUAACGAAGGCCGGGUCUGAAGGUCACCGGGGAUUCUGGGUAAAUUAAUCAUCGCGUCCUGAUUAAACAAAGACCUCCAGAGGAACUGGGACCUGAAGAGUGUGUGUGUGUGUGUGUGUGUGUGUGUGUGUGUCGUAGCCUCAGGCUGUGGGCAGUGGGUCACUGUCUGACGUGACUGAUGGAGCCCCCUGGUGGCGUUACAGUGACACUGUUCUCCGA